AUGAAGGCGCAGACACUCGUUACAGCCAUCGGGCUCGCUUCUUCUGCUCUUGCCCAGAGCCUCGCUAUCAACGGUGUUCCUGGAGACACCCAACCACGAUUGGAAGUACGACAGUUGGCCACUACACAGCCAGAACAAUGGGCGCUCUUCGUCCUUGCCAUGCAGCAAUGGCAGGGCGCUGACAACAGCGAGACUACGAGUUACUACCAGGUUUCAGGUGUUCACGGUGUUCCCCGUGUGAGCUGGGAUGGUGUCGAGCCCUGCCAAGGAUGCGAUCAGGCCGACGGGUACUGCACACACGACAGUGUCUUGUUCCCAGCCUGGCACCGAGCCUACGUCGCCCUUUUCGAGCAGGAGCUUGUCGCAACUGCACAGAGCAUCGCCGACUCGUUCCCAGAAUCUUCGAGAGCAACCUACCAAACAGCUGCAGCGAACCUGCGUAUGCCCUACUGGGAUUGGGCUGCCAAGGCAUGCUCUGGCUCAGUCCUGCCAACGUCCAUCUCCGGCCAACAGAUCACCAUCACUGGGCCCAAUGGACAGCAGACACUCGACAACCCACUCUACUCAUACACCUUCGAGGACCCAAGCAACCUUGUGUACGGCCCUUUCACUUCAUGGGACAAGACCCUUCGUUACCCGAGCAGCAACGAUCCUUCUACAACCAGCCAGCAGCAAUCAGCCAUCAAUGCUCUCGACAACAUUCAGCCUUCUCUUCAAGACCAAGUCUACCAGCUGAUGUCGACUUGCGACAACUACCUUUCCUUCUCGAACGAUCUUGGAAGCUCGGCUAGCGCUUCGUGCGCCAGCUCUCUUGAGGCUAUUCACAACACAGUCCAUGGAACGCUGGGUGGACCAGUCAUUGACGGCGUCUCCGCCGGACACAUGACCUACCUCCCACUUGCUGGCUUCGAUCCAGUUUUCUGGCUACACCACGCUAACGUCGAUCGUCUUUUCGCCAUCUGGCAGACGCUCCACCCAGACAGCUUCGGCGCAUCGCAAGUCGCACCUCACAUGACUUGGGCUAUCGAGCAGGGCACCACUCAGGACGCCGACUCGCCACUCAAGCCAUUCCACAAGGAUACCGCUGGUGGAUUCUGGACCACCAACGGCAUUCGUGACUUUGCGGGUUCAUUCCACUACACUUACCCAGAGCUCGUCAGCGGCGAUGGCAGCCAGGGUGCUGUGGCCAGCUUGGUGAACGAUUUGUACGGCCCAAGCGCUACGAUGUGCGCCGGAGGCACUCCAGUUAACGACAAGGGGAGCUCAUCAAGCAGCUCAUCGGCUGCCAUGUCUACAAGCUCUAGUGCAGCAAGCAGCGGCGUGUCCUCUGGCUUCAGUACCAGCACCGCUAGCUCUGGCUCUUCUGGAUCCAGCGCCUCGAUCACGAGCUCUGCAUCGUUCCCAUCCAUGUCUGGCGGCAUCUUCCAGAACCGCUCCACCUCCGCAGUCGCCAUGAGCACCAAGCCAUACACUUCUGUCGCACUCCCACCAAAGUAUGUCUCACCAAACAACGGCAGCGAGUGGCAGUACGUCGCCAACUGCGAGUCGCAACGAUACGGUCUGAACGGAUCAUACUAUGUCCUGCUUUUCAACGGCGAGCCAGCUUCCGAGGAUGUGUCCACCUGGUUCUCCGCCUCCAACCUCAUCGGUCUGCUGUCCUUCGUCGCUGGUGGCGAUAUGGUCAACUCCCUGCUUUCCACGGGAUCCGUCCCACUCACCCGUACCCUGCAGAAGCUUGUGUCCUCCGGUGUCAUCGCUGACAUGAGCGAGGACUCUUGCGUGCCAUGGAUGAAGCAGAACUUGGUCUGGAAGGUUCUCGGUCCCAACGGAGCGGCUGUUGUACCAAACGAUGUCCCCGGCUUCAAGGUUUCCGUCUACUCCUCGACUUCCAGCAAGGCUGGCCAGUACUCGCUGCCACAGUGGUCUAGCUUUCUCCCACACUACAAGGUCACUGAGAACAAGUCUGGUGGUGCCUCCGAGGCAAGCCCACCAACUUACGGUUUGGCUCAGGAUGCUGGCCAUGUCGUAGGAGGACUGCUUGGUGGACUGACUGGUAGUUCUUCGAGCUCUGCCCCAAGCUACGGCUCAGGAUCAGGCUCCUCCUCCUCCUCCUCCUCCUCCAACAACAACAACAACAACAACAACAACAACAACAACAACAACAACAACAACAACAACAACAACAACGGUGGUAGCGCUGGACCUGCCCCAACAGCUAAGCCAACCAUCGGCUCUGGCAGCAACGGCGGUGUACAAUCUCCCCCAACCGGUAGCUACGUCGGUGACGAUGGUGUCACCACCAUCACCAUCUGGACUACCCACACCGAGACCCACUGCCCAUGUGCGACCGCCUAG